AUGACCACCCAGCUCUUGGCCUCGGAGCUCACAAAUCUCAUCCAGGAGAGCAAGCGCAAACACAAUGACCUUAGACAGGCUGCAGAAAAGUCACUCGAGGAGCUCAAGAGCCUCCGCGGUGCUAAUGAGGCCCAGAUAGGAGCUGAACUUGCUCAACGAGUCAACUUUGUGAAUCCUUUCAUCAUUGCAUGCGGAACCAAAAAUGCCAAAUUCACCGGAAUUGCAAUUGUAUGCCUAUUGCGGCUUAUUAUGAGCAGUGCUCUACCCAGGACGAAACUAAGCCCAGUACUCGAAGCCCUGAGGGAAGCCACCUCUAACGGUUUGGAUGUACAGCUCAAGAUUCUCCAAGCCUUGCCAACUCUGUUGCAAAAUUAUGCCACAGACAUCAAGGGUGACCUCCUAGUGACCGCCCUGAACAUAUGUUUCAUUCUUCAGACAAGCAAGAACGGAAUCGUGAGCAAUACCUCUGCUGCAACGCUUCAGCAGUUGGUUGUAUCUGUCUUCGACAAGGUUGUGACCGAAGACCGAACGACAUCAGAUGCCGGCUAUGUAGGCGACGCACCUACUCAAGAUGGACAAGUCCACUUGCGAUCUGCCGCACUCGAUGCCUAUCGAGUGUUCAGAGAUAUAUGUCUAAUGACAGAAAACCAACGCCCCGAGUACCUCAGAUUUACUGGUCUUCCGCAGACAUUUGGGCUUGAACUGAUAGAAUCGGUUCUAACCAAUCAUGCUUCUGUGUUCUCGUCGCACCCAGAGCAGGCCCAUAUAUUGCGCAGCAGUGUGAUGCCCUUCUUGAUUAGCGCGCUGGGAGGGAAGAUCAACUUUGCGACAUCCGUCAGAUUGGUACGGAUUCUAUACACAUUGUUGAGAAGGCACCUCAACGUGCUCUUGUCAGAAGGAGGAGAAGCACUUGAGAUCUUAACACAACUACUUGAUCAAGAUGCUGCGCUUUGGCGACGGGCCCUCUGCAUGGAAGUCUUCCGUGGUAUUUUUGCUGAGCCAGGACUGCUGAGGAAGAUAUUCAUGCUUUAUGAUGCAAAGGAGGGUGAAAAAAACGUAUUGAGAAACCUGACUGCAACUUUCGUUAGAGUGAGCACGGAGAAGCCCGUGGUUAUUGGCCUCGGCCACCAGUCGACGAUACCUGUGGCAAACCCGUAUGCUAGCUCUGGAAGCUCAACAGAUCAGGCAAUGCUGGAGGCUAGCGGCGUGACUGGUAUCAUCAGUGGAUCAGUUGCGAAUGAAGCCGGGAAUACCGGCAUCAGUUCUCAUUGGAGCACCAUGCGUGUACCAUGCAUAGAUCAACUCGACAAGACCGAUCCGCCAUCGAUUCCAGAGUCCUACGUGUAUGCACUCACAUUGUCUUGCAUAACUUCGCUAUCAGAAGGGCUUGCAAAGUUCAUUCUCCCCUUGACAGUCCCUGCUGAUGGCCGCUCGCGGAGAAGAGGUACGAAGCAGCAGGAAAUGGAUCGAGACUCUGCUACUAUUUCCGAAGAAGGGAACGAUGCCGUCAAGACAGGCUUGGAGAAGUCUGCAUCCACAACCUCAAUCGAGAGGUCCUCAUCCUUCAAGAAGAACCCAGUCCCGGUAAAUCCCUUGGCCUUGAAAGACCAUCCAUUAUAUCCCGAAAUCCAGGUCUGUGCUCAGAUUGUCGAUGAAUGCUGGCCGGCCAUUCUCGCAACCUGCUCCACUUUUCUGUACGCGGCCUUGGACUCGGAAUACUACCACGGACUCGUACGAGCUUUUCAAAAGUUCGCACAUGUCGCAGGCUUACUUCAGCUGGCAACCCCCAGAGAUGCCUUUCUCACUACACUCGGAAAAGCUGCUGUCCCGCCGAAUGUCUUCACUGCAUGUUUAAAUGCUGGCUCCUCCAAGUCAGGCAUGUCGACACCAUCGACCGAGACGUCAAACACUAUCCUUGGCAAUGCUCGGGGACUCCUCAGUGUUGAGAGCCUCGUGACUCCCGUCGGUGCCGCUGGAGAAAGACAACGGCAAGCAUCUAUCGAUGCCAACACCACUCCCCAAACCUUGAACACGCGCAAUCUUCUGUGUCUUCGAGCCUUGUUGAAUUUGGGCAUCGCGCUGGGGCCUACUCUAACCUCGUCAUGGCGAAUAGUUCUCGCAACAUUACAACAAGCAGAUUAUGUGCUCUUUACCACUGGCAAAACGGCGGGCAGAACACCAGUUGCCGGGAAAAGUGCGGAUCAACGUGCAGAUAGUGAAGCUGCGUCACUUCUCGCCAAUUUUUCUGUUGAAAUUAGAGCUGUAGAAACUGCCGCAUCCCGACUGUUUGAGAGCACGGUCGAUUUUCCCAACGAAGCGUUUGGAGAAGUGGUGGAGGCCAUCUGUGCUCUGCUGGUGCACAGCACAGAACCAAGAUCCGAGCUGGAGAGCCGACCACAAUCACCUCCUUCUCAGGCUGUGACUCCCCCACCGCAUACCACGCGCAUGUCCAGUGCUCAACAUCGUCGGGUUCUCAGUGUCUCAACAGCUGCAACAGGAGGCCCAAAUCAGGAAGACCAGUUUGCCCUAGCAAAGCUUGGCGAUCUCGCUGCGAUUAACAUUGACAGAUUGUUAUCGUAUCCGCCAGAUGUAUCUGGCUGGACGCGCCUUACUUCGGAACUGAUUGACACAUUAAGCUCCGCCGCCGUUUCCGCCCAAGUUCGCACGCGCGCAGCCGAUAUUAUUGUACGUCUUGUACUUGAAGCUGCUGCUAGCGCUGUUAGCCUCAGCGACGAUAUUCGAGGCCAAGUACAGCUCCGCCUUCUGGAGGCGUAUCGAGACUCUCUGUUGCCUCUUCAGAGAUUGGACCGACCAUCGUCAGUUGCCCACUAUGCUACAGACGUGGAUAUUCAUAAGAUUAUUCUCGAAGGACUUAAAAGCCUGCUGGAUAAUUGCGGCGAAACGUUGAUUAGUGGCUGGGAUGUCGCCUUUGAGAUUAUCGGAAGCAUUUUCAUGGAGAAGCAGUUCGCUCAGGAGGCUGUGCAAGAUGCUUCGAAACCUUCAACCGUAAUUCUGACACGAUCGAGCAAGCUGAUUCGAGCCUCAUUCAAUUCCUUACAGCUUAUCAGCUCAGACUUCCUUUCUUCAUUGCCGAACAGUUGCUUUCUCAUUCUCGUUGAUACCCUGUAUAAAUUCUGUUCUCAAGAUGACGAUUUGAACAUUGCUCUCACGACCGUCACAUUUUUCUGGGUUCUUUCCGACUUUUUGUCCGGGAAGAACAAGUCGCUCAUAAUCACGAAUAGCUCUCUAGGUGAUGCCACGGACGACACUAUCGCAAAAAUGGCUGCCGAUUCAGAUAAUCCUUCAUCCGAUGCUGCGUUAUGGAUGCUCUUGUUGCUUCGGCUAACUAACGUCACUACCGACGAUAGACUGGAAUUGCGAAACAGUGCAACUCAUACGCUCUUGCGCAUUUUCGAUGCUUAUGGGGAUCGUUUGAGUCCAGAAGCGUGGUCCGUCUGCAUCAAAUCAGUCAUUUUCAAGCUAAUGUCAUCGGUUCAUGAACACCUCGCUUCGGUCAAUGAACCCGAGGUCGACGCAAAAAUAAAGCACGAGUGGCAGGAUACCGCCGUUGUUGUCCUGAAUGGCAUAGCUGGACUGCUUGCCAAUUAUCUGGAUGUGCUUACAGCACACUCAACGUUUAAUUCUUACUGGCAGCAAUUACUUGACCACUUUGCGUCUCUGCUUGAUCUUCAAGUGCUCGACAUCAACACUGCCACAUUCAAAGCCCUGACCCAGAUACUUUCGCACAGCCAAAAUGGUGCGAAACAAAACUUUAACAAAACAACCAUCGACCUUGCUUGGGAACUGUGGUCUCGUGGCGUGCCAGUCUCUCAACAAGAUGGCGAUAAACCCAUUGACAACCAAAACUGCUUGUUGGCAUAUGUUGCGGCCUUGCGGGAAGUGUACCGCCUGAUUCAAACAGACCUAACAGUUGAACGCCUCCGUCGAAUCCUCGAACUUCUGCGGGAGACUAUGCAAAAGGCGGCACCUAGUGCCUACGUGCUCGAUGUCGACUAUGCCACCCAGCUACAAGGACAAAUUUUGGAUGUCAUGAAAGUACUGAGGGCAGAUAUUCCAGGCGCUCCAUCCGCCCUCAUUUCCCAGGCGGCCAACUUUGUCAAUCUUGCCUUUACGGAUGAUAAGGUCAAGAGGGAUGCAUCCGACAAGAGAACCUAUGUUGCAAUGUCGAAGGCCAGCAUGCUCAUCCUGCAAACACUGAUUGUGGACCAUGCAUCAGACGCAGAUAUAUACAGCGAUGGCGCCCUGCUAGCUGCGCUCACAGCUUUGUCAAGGCCCAUCGUCUUGAAAUAUCAGUUCCCCACAAUCACAAAGGGCACGCAGCCUUGGAAGCAGGCAACGACUUCUGCGAUUGUAAUCUUGGAGGCCACUCUUCAUCACCUACGAUCGCUCAAUGUUUCGCGUUCUGCUAUUCAGGACAUUUGGCAAACAGUUGUGGCGAUCGCCAAUGGCAUCACCCAUGCUGAUUGCAAUGAGCAUCCCGAGCGCAUCAACCUUGUCGACGACCAAGAAUUCGACAUUAAUUCCUUUACCAAGCUCCGUGAGCUCAUAAUACCGUCCCUGGGCUCUGAUGUUGUGCCAGAUACGACUCGAAAAAUCUUUGCCGAGUCGCUAUUUCAAAUGUCCAUUAUUCAUAGCCCUGCUCCUGGCGACUUGCCCCUAUUGAAUGGCAGCACUGACGCUCAUGGCUUGUCGGAAUUGUUCAAAGUACGGUCGGGUCGCACUAUUGACCCUUCUCCCAAUCUUCGUCAGAAAGUGGCCUACAUUUGCCUCGACGAGAUCUUUGCCCUUGUAUCCACACACGAAGAGGUUGGGGCCCCAAGCAUUAGUAUCCAGCCGCCGACUCCGCGCUUUGCACCACCGCCGGGCACGCCGGGCUCAUCAACCUUACCCGGCGAAGCUCCUCAGGCCCUGCACGUCCGUCUAGCAAAGACUGUUGCUCCAUACCUGGUACUGCGUUCUGCGCUUACGCUGCGUUCGUUUAUUGCAGACCAGCCGCUUCGUGGCCAGAUGCCGCAGCCAUUGAGUCAGCGCAAGGAACUAUACCAUGUUUUGGAUCGGUUGGUCGAGCUCCGGAGCGACAAUGAGGCGAUUCCCGACUGUGCCAAUGUGGAGAGCGAGUAUAGAAAGCACCUCAUGAGACUCUACCCUCUCAUUGUUAGGGCCAUGGGUGUGGCAGGCCGAAGUGGUGAUGAGGAACUCGGUAACAAGUUACAAAAGGCCAUGGAAGUGGUUGGUUCCGAAUUUGGCGCAUAG